CUCCGUGCUGUCAUGCUGGAGACGCUGCUGUUCCUGCUGGCCAACCUGCGGCCGUCGCUGCUGCGGCCGCGGGCCCGGGACCGGGGGCGCGGGCCCGGGGACCCCCCACCCGGGGACCCCCCCCUGGGGGAUCCCCCCCACGGGGACGAGCCCCCCCUGCAGCCGCUGCAGCGCGGGGACCUGCUGGAGGUCCCCCGGACUCUCUUUACGCACUUCGGCAUCUACCUGGGGGGCGGGCGGGUCGCGCACCUGAUCCCGGACGCGCUGCCGGCGCUGCGCGCUCCCGCGGCCGCAGACGGCCCCGUCACGAACACGCGCCUGCUGCUGGGCGUGCUGUGCAAGCGCGCCAGCGUGCGCGUGGACUCCGUGGAGGACUUCGCGUACGGAGCCGCGGUCUUGCAGAACCGGGGCGCGGGGGCGCGCACGGCGCUGCCCAACGAGGAGGUGGCGCGGCGCGCGGAGCGCAUGCUCGGCGGGUGCGCGCACUACAGCCUGCUGUGGAACAACUGCGAGCACUUCGUCACGCACUGCCGCUACGGGAACGCGCAGAGCCUGCAGACGGACCAGUUCUGCGAGUGGCUGAAGUCGCUGAUCCGGGACCAGCGGAGCCUCGUUGCCGCGGCGACGCUGGGCCUGCUGUCCGUGCUGUGUGUGGGCGUUUCCCCGGCGACGGCCCUGCCCGCCGUCCUCGUCCCCUUCACGCUUUGGAUGGCCAGCUAGGAGCCGCCGGGGCCUCCGCCCGCCGGGGCCUCCGCCCGCCGGGGCCUCCGCCCGCCGGGGCCUCCGCCCGCCGGGGCAUCCACCUUCAGCUUCUCUCCACAGACGUCUGCAAGCAGAGGAAGAGCAGAGGAAGAGCAAUGAACUUGCCCGUUACCAUGGCAACCGGUAGUCAAACAGAGAUUCUGCGUGAACGAGGUGAAACCUGAAACCUGAACGAUGAUGUCAUCACCUAAAGGGGGAGGGGCGUCCAGCAGAGGGCCAAUCAGAAGGCUGCAGGCUGCAGGGGGGGCGGGGCCUUAAAGGGAGUCAACGAAGAGAGGAAGAGAAGGUUUUGGUUCGUCGCCCUGAAUGAUAAAAACAGAGAGAAUAAAACUCUCAACAUAUGAGAUGAGUGCGUGUUUAAAUCAAACUUUAGGCUCCGCCCCUGAAGAACGACGCUGAAAUUAAACUUAUACCGUGACUUCCUCUGGUCAGCGGACGUCUCUGCGAAGACGCUGGACUCUAGACAGAUGGGAGGGACGUCCUCGCGACCCGGCGACCUGGCGACCCGGCGGGCGCUGUGUAAAUACCUGUAGAUAACCCGACCAGAAACUAUUUUUUACUGUUCUGUAACUCACUCAGCUGUUUUAUAUAAAUAAAUUAAAGUGAACCAGAAAUGUUGUUGUUAUUAU